UGCUUAUAUGUCAGCACUGAUUACAUGUUGUGUUUAAGUAGUAGUGUAUAAGCUCCUUAAAUUUGGUCUCACUCUGUAUUACAAAGACCAAUUCAUCCGUUUCCCCUGAUGAAGCUAGCAGCACGACACUUUGACGCUUUGAGCGCCAUUGAACGACAGUCUGUCAUUGGUUGUUGCCUAGGUAACAGAGCAGUACCCGCAGCGAUUGGCUGUAAUACGGCCGUAAACUACUUCGUCGCUGAGGCUGCGGUAGUGUCGGCAGCUAACAGUAAACAGAUUAUUUAACAAAGACAUUUAAAUGACGGUUUAGGUGAUUUGUAACAAUUAAUUAUAAUGGCCGAAAAGUUUGAUAAUCUCGAAGAACACCUGGAGAAGUUUAUCGAAAAUAUUCGACAGCUGGGGAUCAUCGUAAGCGACUUUCAGCCGAGCAGCCAGGCGGGACUUAACCAGAAACUAAACUUCAUGAUAUCUGGUCUACAGGACAUCGAGAAGUGCCGUCAGCAGCUUCAUGAGAUCAACGUACCCCUGGAGGUCUUCGAAUAUAUUGACCAAGGUCGAAACCCUCAGCUGUACACCAAGGAGUGUCUGGAGAGAGCCUUGGCGAGGAACGAGCAGGUCAAAGGGAAGAUAGACACGUUGACGAAGUUCAAGAGCCUCUUAAUUUCCGAGCUCAGCAAAGUUUUCCCAGAGGACAUGGCCAAGUACAAGGCUAUACAUGGAGAAGAUGCCCCCUCUUAGUGACUGCUGCUUGAUGCCCCCCCCUCCCCCUCCCCCACCCC